AUGGCGGCACCAUUGAAGGUACUAAAACCCAAAACGGUCUUCGAUAACCGCCCUGAUGAGAUUCGAAAGCCGAUCAAGCUCAUCCUACUCGGCGAUAGCGCAGUGGGCAAGUCAAAGCUAGUGGAGCGCUUCCUGAUGCAGCGGUAUAUCCCAAUGCAGAUGUCUACCUACGCCCUCACGCUGUACCGCUACGACUUUGUAACCGACGAGGACGAGGAGGUGGACGUGGAUGUCUGGGACACUGCCGGGCAGGAGCGUUUCGCCACGGUGCAUCCGAGCUACUACCACGACGCACACGCGUGCAUCCUCGUUUUUGACUGCACACGCAAGGCGACAUACAAAAACUUAGAAAAGUGGCUCUCCGAGAUGCGCAUCUACCGUGAGCACAUUCCGUGUAUUGUUGCGUGCAACAAGAUUGAUACCGACCCAUCAGUUACUACAAAAAGUUUCGCCUUUGCUGAGAAGCAUAAAUUCCCGCUGUACUAUGUGUCCGCCGCCGAUGGCUCCAAUGUUGUUCAGCUCUUUGAAACUGCCAUCUCCACGGCCGCUGCAUACAAGAAGAAUCCCGCCAAGGAGGACUUCAUGACACAAGUAAUCGGUAUGCUGAAGGAGGACAGGAUAGCCGCGGAUGCCGCAGCAGUGCCAUCGUCGAGCUCGUGA